GCAGGUGCGCUCAGUGUGCUAUCUUCUGCAAAGAAAUUGUGAGGUGAAAGCAAUGUGAAGGUUUAAAAACAUGAAAUGGAAAAAUAUCAGGGGACAUGUGAUAAAAUGAAUUUUCUUUCUUGCUACACAAUUUCAUAAGUGUCAAGAAUUGCACCCCAAAACUAAUUUCACACGAUUUUUCCUUGCCAUUGGCAUUAUCGAUGACGUGUAUUUUAACUGUGAGAAAGGGCUAAGGUUAAGGGAUGCGUGUCUUAACGCGUAAUUAAGUUUGUCAGUGAGUAUCAUUUGCGGCAGAUAUACAGUGAAAUAGUGUACCGCGUAUGAUGCUCCGGAACAUUAUUUCACAGCAUUCUGUGUUGUUUUUUGCGUUAACUGUGCUGUGGCCAGGAUGUUUACCAAGUGUUGACUUCUUCGUUGAAAGUACGGGUCCUCUCCUCGAAAAUCUCGAUAAUUUUGACUUUGACAUUUUCUUUGAAGUUAUUGAACCAGAGGAAUUGGCUUAUACAUACAAAAUACGCCCAGCGAAAGAUUUUGGCACCCCACUGAAUGAAUCCUUUGCUGGCCAGGGGGUGGACCUGGUUCUUGUUUAUCCAGCUACUGGUUGCGGCUGGCCAUCAAACGCUGAAGAAAUAGAAGGAAAUGUGGCUUUGGUGGAAAGAGGGGAAUGCUCUUUUUUGAGCAAAACUAUAAAAGCAGAAGAGGCUGGUGCAACAGCAGUGAUUAUUGCUGAUUAUGAUGAAGAGAAUGAUGGUGUUUUUAUAGAAAUGAUUGAUGACAAGACACAUAGGGAAGCUCAUAUACCAGCUGCUUUCUUAUUAGGAAAAAAUGGGCAUGUGAUACGGAGGACACUUGAACGUCUGAACAGAAAUUAUGCUGUGAUUAAUAUACCUGUUAAUUUAACAUUUAUUCCAUUACAUGAAACAAAUCAGCCUCCUUGGAUAAGAUGGUAGCUAAAUAAAUACUCAACAGCUGACCGAACUAGUCAUCAAACUUCAGUCGAAUAAAGUCAAGAAGACAUUGUUGAUAUUAACUCCAAUAAAAUUAUUUGUACAUUGUUGUCUUUAAUAAAUAUCUGACAUUGUUUGCAAACAUGA